AGCAAUGGAGGAGAUAAGUGUAUCUCCAGACUACAACUGGUUCAGAAGCACCGUGCCUCUGAAAAGAAUAAUCGUGGAUGAUGAUGACAGUAAAGUCUGGUCGCUGUAUGACGCCGGGCCCAAAAGUAUCAGGUGUCCCAUCAUCUUCCUGCCACCCGUGAGCGGCACUGCAGAGGUUUUCUUCCAGCAAGUGUUGGCUCUGUCGGGAUGGGGCUACCGUGUCAUCUCCCUCCAGUAUCCAGUCUACUGGGACCUGCUGGAAUUUUGUGAUGGUUUUAGAAAGCUUUUGGACCAUUUACAACUGGACAAGGUGCAUUUGUUUGGUGCUUCUCUGGGUGGAUUCCUGGCUCAGAAAUUUGCCGAAGUCACGUACAAAUCGCCUCGAGUUCACUCUCUGGUCCUGUGCAAUUCAUUUAGUGACACGUCCAUCUUCAACCAGACAUGGACCGCAAACAGUUUCUGGUUGAUGCCUUCAUUUAUGCUCAAAAAGAUUGUGCUUGGUAACUUCGCCAAAGGACCUGUGGACCCAAAAAUGGCAGACGCAAUUGACUUCAUGGUUGACAGACUGGAAAGCUUGAACCAGAGUGAACUCGCCUCUCGACUGACGCUAAACUGCCAAAACUCCUACGUGGAACCACACAAGAUUAAGGACAUCGCAGUCACCAUAAUGGAUGUGUUUGAUCAGAGUGCCCUGUCACAGGAGGCAAAAGAAGAGAUGUAUAAGCUGUACCCCAAUGCUAGAAGAGCUCACCUCAAAACUGGCGGGAACUUCCCUUAUCUCUGCAGAAGCGCAGAAGUCAACCUGUACAUACAAAUACAUCUGCGUCAGUUUCACGGUACACGUUACGCAGCUAUCAGUCCGGAGAUGGUGAGCGCGGAGGAGCUGGAAGUGCAGAGGACACAUCUUAGUAAUAACAGCGAGAGCGAAGACGAAUCGUAGAGAUACACAUCCUGUGAACGAUCGGAUUCAGACACACAGCAAUCAGAGAUCACGUUUUGGUAUUCUGUUUUUCUACCAUAUAUGCUCUGGUAAAUGUGAACGGACUUUGAAUGAGCCUAUUUUUACUUUUACGAAAAAAAACAAGCAACAAUAUUUUGAUAAGUAUUACGACCGACUGUAAAUAAGUGAAUUCAUAGAUAAUAGGGUUUUCAUGAAAUGCCAUAUUUUGACCCGGUUGCCUUAUUACACCAUAUAAAAACGCACGUCUGUGUUGAAUUCAGCACUUUUUACUCCUCUUCUUUAAUCUUCUGCCUUUUUGUAUGUUGGUGUUGUUUUUCUGUUGUGUAUUGGGUUCGUUUUUAUGAGCGUUUGUUAAUGUCAUUUUGCUGUUGUUUGUUUGGAGUCAUGCACUGAUAUAAAAUGAAAUUUGUUUCAAUGCCA